UAAAAAUAAAAUAUUGAUUUCCUUAAACAAACAGUACAGUUAACUUUUUACUGUAUAUCUUUAUCCUCGAACACAAUUUCUUCGAUGAAUCCAAAGACUGCGUAUCACCUCAAAUCCAUUCCAAGGAGGAGGAGGGGUUGCUGCUUGCUUUCACCAAACUCCAACUGCCCAAAACCCAGAAUGUCGCUUGAAUUCUAGAGAAUGUAGCAGUUUCAAGAUAAGAAGCCCAAAAAGCUGGGAAGAUAUGGAUGUUCUUUCGUUGACCUACACGCCGAGCUUCCUCAAAAAGGAUAAUCCGAUCAAGUCGACGGUACAAUUCAAGCGUACCCGUCACCUUAAAACCUCUGAUAGGCACUCGAAAGCAGUGAAAUCGGGAGGGUUGACAACCACCCAUAAGGUGCUCGGUGAAAUUCCUCUGUCAAGUUCGUACUCCUGGAACAAACUCAUCCACACCCAUCUCUGCAAUGGAGACUCUCAAACUGCUCUCUCCGUAUUCAAUCUCAUGCUGCUGUGCCACGUCCGUCCAGAUAGACACACUAUCCCUCGCAUUAUAACAGCUUCCCGCAUCUCUGCUAACUUAUUCUUAGGCAGACAGGUUCAUGCUUUGGCUCUUAAACUUGGCUUUUCCACUGACCACUACGUUGUUACUGCUUUGAUUGAAUUGUAUGGCCGUCUUGUUGGUGUUGAUGCAGCGAGAUUCGUGUUUGAUAAAUGCUCUUUGAAAAAUUCAGUUUCUUGGACUAUGCUAGCUAGGUUGUACUUAGCGGAGAAUAAGCCCAAUUUGGCUAUUGAUGUGUUUACCCAAAUGGUCGAAUUUAAUGUUGACAUUGAUCCAGUUGCAUUGGCAACUGCAAUUGGUGCCUGCGGACAGUUAAAGUCUGUGCAGCAGGGUAGGAGUGUUCAUGAGGUAGCAAAGAAAUGUGGCCUAGAAUCAGAUGUUUUGGUGGGCAAUUCACUGUUGAAGAUGUAUAUUGAUUGCGGAAGAGUUGAAAAUGCUCGUGCAACUUUUGACAGAAUGCCAUAUAAAGAUGUCAUUUCCUGGACAGAAAUAAUUCGUGUACAUGUGAAGAAUGGAGGAUUCAAUGAGGGUCUUAAGUUAUUCCGACAGAUGAUUACAGAUAAAGUACAGCCGGAUUCACUCACAAUCUCAAGUGUUCUACCGGCAUGUGCUAGAAUGGCAGCUCAUAAGCAUGGGAAGGAGAUUCAUGGGUAUUUGAUUAGAAAUGGAAUCGACAUGAAUGUUACAGUAAGUAAUGCUAUCAUGGACAUGUAUGUGAAAUCAGGAUUCAUUGAAUCUGCUUCAAAGGUUUUCAGCUUUCUGGAGGAGAGGGAUGUUGUUUCAUGGACUGUUAUGAUACUGGGCUUUAGUUUACAUGGACAAGGCGAGCUUGGAGUGGAUCUAUUCCACAAGAUGGAGAAAGACUCUAGCAUAGAAAUUGAUAACCUGACAUAUGCAGCUGUUCUCCAUGCUUGUAUUACAGCAUGCUUUGUUGCGGAAGGCAAGCUAUACUUCAGUUGCAUUAGGAAAGUUAAUGCUGCCCAUUAUGCUUCAAUGGUCUCUCUCUUAGCUCGUGCGAGGCUAUUUGAUGAGGCAAGAUCCUUCAUUGAGGAACAUAAGAUUGGGAGGAUUAGAGAGGUACUGAGAGCGUUGCUGGAUGGGUACAGGAUCCAUCAGCAAGCCACAUUGGGUAAGCAGGUCAUUGAAAAGUUGUUGGAUCUGGAGCCGCUUAAUGCUGAGAACUAUGUGUUACUAUCCAAUUGGAAUGCCGAAAAUGCAAGUUGGGACAUGGCUGAUGAAUGGAAAAAAACAAUUAGAGAUAUGGGUUUGAAUCCUAAGAAAGCUCACAGUUGGAUAGAGUUUCGAAAUAAAGUUCAUGUUUUCGGAACAGGGGAUUUAUCCCAUCCAAGAUCAGAAAAAAUAUAUUCGGAGUUGCAUAAUUUGAUGAAAAACAUGGAAUAUGAAGGAAUUAGGCCCAACUCAGAUUAUAGUCUCCAUGAUGUGGAUGAAGAGCGGGAGUGCAUUCAAAUUGGACACAGUGAAUUGUUGGCAAUAUCUUUUGGACUCAUUAGUACACAGGCCGGGGCAACUAUUCGUGUGACCAAAAACCUUCGUGUGUGUCACUCUUGCCAUGAUGCUGCAAAGGGUAUCUCUAAAGUUGUAGAAAGAGAGAUCAUAAUAAAGGAUCCAAGUUGUUUUCACCAUUUUAAGAAUGGAGCUUGCUCGUGUAAGGAUUUUUGGUGAUUCAGUUUUCUGCCAUUUGAUUGUCUACUCAUUUAGGCCAUCGGAUAGUAGAGAUCCCUGGUUGUUAUAGAGUAGAAAAUUUUGUGCUGGUAUC